AGUUGUACGCUGACAGUACCUAAGUGAUAGGAUGGUGUCAUUUCGCACGCUUUUCCUGACGAUGGUGAUUUCCGCUGCACUUGGUGCAUGUCCGUAUGAUGACGUGACUUUACAUGACUGGUCGGAUCCAGAUACUUGGCCGAAUGGAGAAGUACCAGAUGUCGACAGUGUAGUGAAGAUUUGGAAAAAGAUUCGUUUGAACGUGUCCCCUCCGAAACUUAAAGGAAUAGAGAUCAAUGGAGGAGGAAGUCUGGUAUGGGGGAAAAUCCCGGGCGAAGAAAUCAAUCUCAACACCCAUUACAUUCAUAUCAAGGACGGGGGAAAAAUGGUCAUCGGAUCCGAGGAUUGUAAUUAUGACGCCAAGACUACUAUUACUUUGCUAGGAACGCGAGGGGUGUCCUCUAUUCCUGAUUUUGGUGAAAAGUUUAUAGGUGUAGAUGCAGGUGGUACUUUCGAAUGUCACGGAAAGAAGACUCUGGCGUGGACAAAACUAACAGGCACCAUAAGUGGAUUCAAUGCUCUGACUCUAGAUUUCAGACAUAAGGAACAACCAGGCAUCAAAAACUGGAAUGGUGCUUGCUUGUAUCAUUUUAGCGCAGACGGUACUUUUGUCAAGAGCUUGUUUCGGGGCGCUAAUAGUAUUGAUACCACAGAAUAUAUGAAUUUUGUCACUGGUGUCCCAACAUCAGACAUAAUUGCAAUGGCCACACAAGGCGAUCUGGACAAUAAUGUAAUGUCUAAAUUGUAUCCUGUAGUAGAUGUUUUGGAUACUACUAACCAGGUGCGCAAACACUGGAUAAAUGAUGCCUAUGUAUUUGCUGCGAGAAAAGGAGAUACGUUUAAAGAUGACAUUGGCAUAUACCAAUUUGGACACGAGUAUUCAGAGGCAACAAUGAAAUUAGAUAUCUUAGGAAAUAGCAACUCUCUUGUGGUAAUGUCCAGAAACAACAAGGAGGUAAAUGUUGACAGUUACGUAGAUUUCCUUAUCAUGGACCAGGCCCUCGCCAAUCCGAUCAUCGAUGUGGUAGACGAUGUAGGCUUUUGGCCUGUAGGGGACAAAAUUUACGUCACGUCCACUGACUAUGAUUGGAAACAAGUGGAGGAGUUCACGAUUAUGGAAUGUCCGCAGUGUCUAACAAACCAGAUUCAACUAAAUAAACCUCCAAGGUUUUCUCAUUAUGGUGAAAUCUUUAAACGAGUGGACAUGAGAGCAGAAGUGUUCCGAACGACUCGGAAUAUUCACAUCACAAGCGAAGUGGCAGAGGGAGAAUCCAAUGGAGGUCAUAUCAAGUUCCUGUAUGGAUUUAAGACUGUGAAAGUGGAAAACGUAGAGUUAACGAACUUGGGUGAUCCAUUGGUGACAGGAAGAUACCCUCUUCAUUAUCACAUGUGUGAAAACCUAGCAGACAAGAUGAUUUAUGUCAGCGAGUCGUACCUUCAGAACAACUCAAUUCAUCACUCCCAGUUUAGAUGCAUCACCAUACAUGGUACACACAAUGCAAAGAUAAAAAACAACAUUUGUUUGAAUUCGGUCGGGCACGGAUUAUUCGUUGAAGAUGGUGGAGAGAAACAUACACUGUUUGAAGGAAAUUUGGCUCUAGGCCAAAGAGCAUGGACGGGUUUGAUAAACCACCCAAUAACAGGAGCGCUACCUAGCGACAGAGAACCUGUUACCUACUGGAUCACAAACCCGCUUACAAAAAUGAUAAAUAACGUGGCAGCAGGGAGCGAUUUCAUUGGAAUUUGGUUUCUCUUCCCGGAGGCCCCGAUAGGACCCUCAGCCACGAAAAACUUCAUGAGACCAGGCGAGGCUAAACACACACCAGUAGAAUUAUUCACAAACAAUGUUAUUCAUUCUUAUGGAAAAACUGGACUUUUCGUGGAUAACCAGUUAUUCCCAAAUCAAACUGUAAACAAGGUAUACAACAAACUAAAUACCCGGAUGACACCGACCGACACAACAUCGGAACGUGUUCCUAUGAUCUUCGACAGAACAACAGCAUUCAAGUGCAGAAAUCGGAAUUUGUGGAUCCGUGGAGGUCCAACUAUAGUUCGAUACGCAUCGUUGGCUGAGAGUAUGGAGGUAGCUGCCCUUGUAAAAGAACAGACCUCCUAUCAACUAUUUGAGAAAAGCGUGGUAAUUGGAUUGACAGAGAAUUUGGGAGAACCACAAAAUGUGAAAGCAAAAGAUGGAAGUAUUUUAAAAUGGUCUCGUUCCAUGCCAAAGUUUAAUUUAGCGAAUACGAUCCGAGGUUUUCAAUUUCGUCGUGGACCAGUGUUUGUAAGAUCCUGCUUUUUUGGGGGAUUUCAGCCCACCGAUCAAUACAACGCUGCAGCUUUUACACAUAGUGCCUGUGUACUAGAAUUCAACUCCCGCAACUACUUCAUGUCCACCUUUUUUGAUUUUGCCGAUGGUUCUAAUGCUGGAAACCGAUUUUUACAUGUCCCAUGUAAAAAACAAGUCCACAGUGAUGCUACAUUAGCGAUCAAAGAUUUCAAAAACGACUUCUAUAUCGUGAAAAACAUUCCAUUUACAACAACGGAGGAGUGUAGUUACAGAAGCAACUGGGGUGCUGCAAAAUGUCCUCAUGAUUACGGUCAGAUUUCCGUGUAUACACCGCCAACCGGGAAUAAUAUGUUUGUUGCCAGGACUGACGUCAAUUUCCCAAUAGUAGAAGUGUACGAUCAAAUCCCAUCCCAGAGAUUUAUCACCAUCUUAGGAGGACGAUUUAACUAUCUUUUCUACUUUAAAACCGCAGUACCUAAAAAUAUCUUUCUGGUCGGAUCUUCCAUUACGAAGUCCAAGACUGUGGUUCUGGCUUACUGUAUUCCAAGAAAUGCUGCUUUCAACAUGAAGUUCAAAAUCGGAGACACUGAGUUAACUACGACUCAGGUGAAUUCAUUGGAAAAAGUCCAAAGUGACACAGAUGGUGGGAAGUUCUUCUUCGACCAAACAGUGGGAGUCGUGUUUUUCAAGAUGCUUCACAACAAGGACUUCAUGGGUGAAUUGUCACAAUGUCCUCAGAACAGGUGCCCUACUGUCAAUAUUUUCAUAGGCCAGGGAGACAUGUCAGACAACGACUGUUCUGGGAGAUUUCAGACCAAUCCUAGCUACGUCCAACCUGCACCGAAUGGUCAACCUACAGAGUCAGUGGAAGAAAUGCCGGCAGAUGUCAGUUCACCACCUGGCUGGAUCGGUGCAGGGGCAUCCUACCCAUUCCCACAGUGAUCAUAAGAAUGUUGGUAUUAUGCUUUAGGUAUGAAUUGUCACAGGGAAGCAUCAUAAGAAUAAACUAUGUUGUUGAAACAUA